AUGCCGCGGUUCAGAGUGGCUGAGGCCAGGCAGUGGGGGGAUCAGUUCGUGCAGUUCCUGCAGGAGACGGGCCGGGAGCAGGAGUGUCAGCGGGAAACUCUGCGGAGUAUCUACAACCUCGAGUUCCGGGGCAGGACUGACACAAGGACUCCCAACUUCUCCUGCACUUUGAAUGCCCUGAGGGUGACCCAUCGGGCGCUGGUGCGGGGGCAGGUGGUGCAACUCCAGACGGUGAAGAGGCGCGUGGUGGUGGCAGACCAGUACCGGAGACCCAGAGCGGAUGCACAGACACCACAGCCCACCUCUGCCUCGGGGCAGCAGCAGCAGCCCAGCUCCACUCCACAACCCCCCCGGAGCUAUGCCCAGCAGCGCGCCGAGCUCAUCAGCGGGAAGCACGGCGUGGAGAUCGUCUCGGAGUACGACCAGGGCAACGGGGAGAUCCGCUUCCCGGUGGAGCGGGGCAGGCCCCGCACGGUCCCUGUGGAGGUGCAGAACCGCGGGACGCAGGAGGUGACGCUGCGGCGGGUCCAGCCACGCUACCAGUCCCCGGCGCUCUCCUUCAGCGACGAGCAAGGGGUGACACAGGGGCAGUCCCUGGUGCUCCACCCGGGUGGCAGGUACCCCAUCCAGGUGCGGUGCCUCACCUCCUGCAACGGGCACUUCCCCGCCGUGCUGGUGUUCGAGUUCACCAAGGAGCCCAACGAGCCCUUCAGCAUCUCACGCUACGUCGCUGCCGUCGCCCAGAGCCAGCUGGCCAAGGACCUGGGGCCCUCGGCACCUUACCAGCCUUACCAGGCCAGCCUCCAGCGCCCUGUCACCGUCAUCACCGAGGAAGGCAUCCCCCCCGACAGCUCCCUGAGAAACGAACUGGAGAGAGAAAUCCCUCUGGGCCCCUACCAGUACCCAAAGAACCUCAAGGACACGAUCCUGCUCGGACCCAGCACCAGUGCCAGCUCCAACUGGGCUACCAUGAGCUCGCUGCUGGAAGCACCUCUGGAUGCUGACAACUACCAGCAGAAGUUCCAGCUGCUGCUGUACCUGGAGGAGAUCCAGAUGGAGGUGGACAUCCGGCGCUAUGACAUGCAGGACGUGACCAUGGUGCAGGACAGGGGGCUGCUGGUCCUCGACGUGCCCGGCGUGGCCGAGAACCGCCCGUCCGUGCUGAGGGGUGACCACCUCUUUGCCAACCUGAGCAGCGAGCGGGACCACUCCCCGCUCCUCCAGUACAAGGGCUACGUGCACAACGUGGAGCUGGAUAAGGUCAAGCUGGGCUUCUCCCCCAAGAUGCUGAGUAAGUUUGUGAAGAACCUGAAGUUCGACGUGACCUUCACCUUCAGCCGGCUGCCGCUGCAGGUCCAGCACCGGGCUGUCGUCCUGGCCAUGCGCCGCGGCUUGUCCAGCCUCCUCUUCCCCUCCGCCUCCUGCCACAUGUCCCUCUUCGUGUGGACGUGCUUCAAGGAGGCCCGGAUUUUGGCCUGUGCCCCUUCCAACAGCGCCGCAGACCUGCUGUGCCAGCGCCUCAUCCCAGACAUCCCCCCUCGGAAUGUCUACAGGCUCAUCGCCAGCUCCAGGAACUACAGGGAGGUGCCUGCUGAUAUCAGGCCCUGCUGCAACUGGGACGAUGAGCAGAGCAGCUACGUGUACCCGAGCAAGGAGUACCUGGGGCGCUACCGGGUCCUCGUCACCACGCUGGUGACAGCAGGAAGGCUGGUGUCAGCCAACUUCCCCCCUGGGUAUUUCUCCCACGUCUUCAUCGACGAGUGUGGCCACGCGGUAGAGCCGGAGAGUGUGGUCGCCAUCGCCGGGCUCCUGACUCCCAUGGACCAGAAGACCAACCCCAACGGGGGGCAACUGGUGCUGGCAGGAGACCCCAAGCAGCUGGGCCCUGUCCUGACCUCCCCGCUGGCCAUGGAGCACGGCUUGGGCACCUCGCUGCUGGAGAGGCUGAUGCUGCACAACCCCCUGUACCAGAAGUCCAGUGAAGGAUACGACCCACAGUUUGUCACCAAACUGCUCUGGAACUACAGGUCCCAUGAGGCCAUCCUCAAGAUCCCCAAUGAGCUCUUCUACGACAGCGAGCUGAAGGCGUGUGAGAGUGACGGGCUGGAUGUCCGGAAUUUCUAUUGCAACUGGGAGGAACUUCCCAAACAGGGCUUCCCCAUAAUCUUCCACGGGGUUUGUGGGGAAGACCAGAGAGAGGAGAAGAGCCCCUCGUUCUUCAACACGGCCGAAAUCGAGGUGCUGGUCGACUACCUCAAGAAGCUGCUGCAGAGCCAGGGCAAGAAGGGCUGUCCCACUGUGUCCCCCAAGGACAUCGGCAUCAUCUCUCCCUACAGGAAGCAGGUGGAAAAGAUUCGGAGAGCCAUCACCUCCCUGGACCCCGUCCUGAAGAGGCUGGCAGACAUCAGCCAGCUGAAGGUGGGCUCCGUGGAGGAGUUCCAGGGCCAGGAGCGGCGCGUGAUCCUCAUCUCCACCGUGCGCAGCUACAGCGCGUACCUGCAGUUCGACAAGACCUUCAGGCUGGGCUUCCUGAAGAACCCCAAGAGGCUCAACGUGGCCCUCACCAGGGCCAAGGCUCUGCUGAUCGUGGUGGGCAACCCGGCCGUGCUCAGCAAGGAUGAGCACUGGAACAGGUUCCUCAUGUACUGCAAGGAAGAGGGUGGCUAUACAGGACUCCCCUACGAGGGUGAGGGCACAGAGCAGGACAGACUUGUUGCCGACCUCCAGGGGCUGAGGCUCAACAUUUAACACCCAGGAAACCUACGUGGGAAAGGAGGAGAAGCCCUAUGAAGCUCCAGCCCCCUCAGCCUGUCCCCUGGCCUGCAGCAGCCCUUGCACUCCCCCUGUCUCUGUGCAUCCCUGCAGAGUUGGGGCUGAACCCACCGGACCAGAGGAUAAUGCCAAGCCUUUCCUGCCAGCCAGGAGCCCUGGCACAGACCACAGGGCAGCCCCCUCCCCUUAUGGAGUGAGACCACCCCCGGACUGGACUGGGACCAUUCUCCAUUUUAACCAGUUUUUGACACAGCUAUGGCAAAACAAUUCUCUGUGACUGGUCUCACUGUUCAGUGAAAGGCUUAAGCCUUCAAAGAGCAUCACUGGGUGCACAGGGGAGCCCAGUGCUGCUGUGGUGGGUGACUGGGGCAGGCAGGGACCUGGCCAGCCACAGCAUGGCUCAGCUCCUAACAGGGCAGCUGCCUGGCUUGAGAGCUGGCACGGCUGGGCUGGCACUUUGUUUCCCUGGAAUAAAUAUUCACAGAAAAACGGUCUCUUGAGUCUGGGGCUCUGCCACGAUGACAGGGCUGCUGGAGCAGGGACAGGCUCACUGCAGCCCUGUCCUGACCUGCUCCAGAGCCAGGAUGGCUCCAGCAGUGACAGCAGUGCCCAUCAUCCAGGGACUGGGUACAGCUGGGAAGCUCCUGCCCAGCCCUUCCCACAUAAACUGCUUCCUGGCUCUUAUCUGAAAUGAGAGCCAGGCCUAAAAGAGUUAACUGAGGUAUCUUGCUCUGCUGAGAAAGCCCCCCCAACACCUGUUCUGUCUGUGCUGCUAAGACUUGUUCUGUUCUGCUUACUGGACCUAAACCUAAUCAUAAGAAGAAUGCUAGAAACAGUAUACAAUCAACCCAGAGGUUAUAAAUUAGGACAAGGUAGACAUUUGAAUAGGAGAAAAAGGCUUAGAGCCAAGGGUUUCUGCAAGCUUCAGCAGUUGGGACAUUAACAAUAGAAAGGUAAGAAGGUCAAAGUGAGGGAGAAGAGAAAAAGACCCCCAAUAUGAGGUGGAAGGCUGGAAUGACCACCAAAACUCAGCACCAAGAGAAGAAUCUAGAAAGCACCGCCCUAAGCUCUGCCCAGGCCCCGCCUAUUAGUAAUAUGCAUAAUUAGAUGUUGUUAUCAUAUGAACACGUAUGUAAUCAUGUAUGUAGAUUGCACAAAUACCUUGAUUUUGCACUGGUGCCUUUGAGCAAGUUUGACCAGCGCUAGCUGGCUUGCUCCCAACGCUGAAUAAAUAAACACCUUGCUGCUUGUAGAUAAAAA